AUGGCCUUUGAAAGUCAGUGUAAUCAAGUUGAAGACCUAAAGCUCACACCCAUCGCCUGUGGUGAGGUAGAGAUGGCUGUCCGCGAGACCUACCUUCGAUGCUGUCCCAGCAUCUCACAACAGGUCCUGUCUCAUAUGUCUCGCAGGCACAUUCAAUUUGCCGCAGGGUUGCUGCGGACAGGGGCGUAA